AUGAGUGUGAACAAAAUGGACAUACCAAAACCAUUCCUUGCAAAAACUGAUGAGAAAAAGGGGUGUGGUAAUAUUGGAUGUGGUGAGUCAACGAGUGAGAAGAUGGGUUAUUGCAAGGCCUCUUGCGGUGUUCUUUUGGUCUGCUUCUUUGUUGGUCUUUGUUCUGUGUAUCAAUGUUCUGCUACUGAAGUUGAUGCAAACCAGACAGCAACAUUGAUCAUUAAUGCCUCCAGUGGUCGGCCUAUUCCUGAAACACUCUUUGGAAUUUUCUUUGAGGAGAUAAACCAUGCCGGAGCUGGUGGGAUAUGGGCAGAGCUUGUAAACAAUCGGGGUUUUGAAGCUGGGGGCCAAAACACUCCUUCAAAUAUUGCUCCCUGGUCUAUAAUUGGUGAUCAGUCAUCUUUAGUUGUAUCUACUGACCGUUCUUCUUGCUUUGAGCGGAAUAAGGUUGCUCUCCGAAUGGAUGUGCUCUGUGACAGCGAGGGCAGUAAUACUUGCCCAGCUGGUGGAGUUGGUAUAUACAAUCCAGGGUUUUGGGGAAUGAAUAUUGAACAAGGGAAGGGCUAUAAGGUGGUUCUUUAUGUUCGUUCUCCUGGACCAAUCAAUGUAUCUGUGUCAUUGACGAGCUCAGAUGGGUUGCAGACAUUGGCAACUGCUAGCAUUGUAGAUUCUGAUGUUUCAAACUGGACAAAGGCUGAGGUUCUAUUGGAAGCCAAAGGAACUAAUCCUAAUUCAAGGCUUCAGUUGACAACAUCCAGAAAAGGUGUAAUAUGGUUUGAUCAAGUGUCAGCUAUGCCUUUGGACACAUAUAAGGGGCAUGGUUUCCGAAGUGAGCUCAUUGAAAUGCUUGCUGAUAUAAAACCCCAAUUUCUCAGAUUUCCAGGUGGCUGCUUCGUUGAAGGCGAAUGGUUGAGAAAUGCAUUUCGCUGGAAGGAAAGCAUUGGACCCUGGGAGGAGAGACCGGGGCACUUUGGUGAUGUUUGGAUGUAUUGGACUGAUGAUGGAAUUGGUUACUUCGAGUUUCUUCAAGAAGCUCUUGAUGGUCUUGAGUUUGCUAGGGGUGAUUCUGAUUCUAAGUGGGGUUCUGUCAGAGCCGCAAUGGGGCACCCAGAGCCUUUUGACUUGAAAUAUGUUGCUGUCGGGAAUGAGGAUUGUGGGAAGAAGAAUUACCGAGGAAAUUAUCUCAAGUUCUACGAUGCCAUAAAAAGUGCUUAUCCUGACAUCAAAAUAAUCUCAAACUGUGAUGGGUCUUCUCGUUCUUUGGAUCACCCAGCUGAUUACUAUGAUUUUCAUAUUUAUACAUCUGCCAGCAGCCUGUUCUCUAUGAAUCGUCAAUUUGAGCGAACAUCCCGCACUGGUCCAAAGGCUUUUGUGAGUGAGUAUGCUGUGACUGGAAAAGAUGCUGGCACAGGAAGCCUUUUAGCAGCUCUUGCUGAAGCUGGAUUCCUCAUUGGGCUGGAAAAGAACAGUGAUAUUGUGGAAAUGGCAAGCUACGCACCACUUUUUGUGAAUGCCAAUGAUAGGAGGUGGAAUCCAGAUGCAAUUGUCUUCAACUCCUCAACGCACUAUGGAACUCCAAGCUACUGGGUGCAAAAAUUCUUCAGAGAGUCGAGCGGAGCAACUCUUCUUGAUGCUAAACUACAAACAAAUUACUCUACACUUGUUGCAUCUGCAAUUACUUGGCAAAACUCGGUGGAUGGGGAAACUUAUCUGAAAAUAAAGGCAAAUGCAUUUCAGAUAGUGAAUUUUGGGAAGAGUAAAGUGAAUCUCAAACUUUCUAUUGAUGGAUUGGGGCUCAAAUCACAAUUGUCUGGAUCAACACAAACUGUGCUCACUUCUUCUAAUGUAAUGGACGAGAAUUCCUUCACGAAUCCAAAGAAGGUGGUGCCAGCCCAAACUCUGCUUGAGAAUGCUGCUAAAGACAUGGAUGUUGUACUCUCUCCAUAUUCUUUAACUUCACUUGAUUUGUUAACAGAAUCAAGCAAUAUCAGGAUGCCACAAACUGAUUCUUUCUCUAGAUCAUCAUUUUAG